GGAGGGGCGGGGCGGCGCUGUCGCAGUGCGCGGCCGGAGGCAGCGGAGCCGCCGGCCCCGAACGGCCGGGUCGGGCCGGGCCAUGAAGGGGAAGGAGGAACGGGAGCGGGAGGGCGGCGGCGGUGCGGCCGGGCCGGGGGCCGCGGGGCCGGGAGCGGGGGGAGGCAGCCCCGAGAAGAGCCACAGCGCGCAGGAGCACAAGGAGCAGGGCAACCGGCUCUUCGGCGGCCGCAAGUACCCCGAGGCCGCUGCCGCCUAUGGCCGCGCCAUCAACCGGAACCCUUUGGUGGCCGUGUAUUACACCAACCGGGCGCUGUGCUACCUGAAGAUGCAGCAGCACGACAAGGCACUGGCCGACUGCAAGCGGGCCCUGGAGCUGGAUGGGCAAUCAGUCAAGGCUCACUUCUUCCUGGGGCAGUGCCAGAUGGAGAUGGAGAACUACGACGAGGCCAUCGCCAACCUGCAGAGAGCCUAUAACCUCGCCAAGGAGCAGCGGCUGAAUUUUGGGGAUGACAUCCCCAGCGCGCUGCGCAUCGCCAAGAAGAAGCGCUGGAACAGCAUUGAGGAGAAGCGGAUCAACCAAGAGAACGAGCUGCACUCUUACCUGACCAGGCUGAUCAUGGCUGAGAAGGAAAGGGAGCUGGCUGAGUGCCAGAAGGCUCAGCAAGAAGAAAACGUGGAUGAGAGCCGGGGCCGUGUUCAGCUGGCUGGCAUUGAGGCCAAACACGACAAGUACCUGGCAGACAUGGAUGAACUCUUCUCUCAGGUGGAUGAGAAGAGGAAGAAGCGUGACAUCCCUGACUACCUAUGCGGGAAGAUCAGUUUUGAGCUGAUGAGAGAGCCCUGCAUCACACCCAGCGGGAUCACGUACGACAGGAAGGACAUAGAGGAACACCUCCAGCGCGUGGGUCAUUUCGAUCCUGUGACGCGGAGUCCCUUGACCCAGGACCAGCUCAUCCCCAACCUUGCCAUGAAGGAGGUGAUCGAUGCCUUCAUCUCGGAGAACGGCUGGGUGGAAGAUUACUGAUGGCCGAGGGGUGAUGCUGCUCCCUCUCUUGUGGGCUCACCCCAGCUGCAGGCUGCUCGUGCUGGACUGGCACCAUGCCUUACUCCCUGUCUGUCUGUCCCCCUCUGCUCUGGGUGCCCAGAGACCCGUCAGCAGUGCUGAGUUGAGGGUCCAUCGCCUUCUCCCCUUCCUGCAGAACUGCAGCAGCUGGGUGGGAGUGUGAUGCUGGGGGAGCCCUGGCUGCUGGGGGGGGGGGGGGGGGGGGGGGGGGGGGGGGGGGCAGGAAAGGCCCAACAGUGUUAUCAUCACUUCGAGGGAAGAGACGGGACCCCUCCAUGCUGACAAUCUCCAAAGGUCACGCCCCGUGGAGCUGCCUGGGGUGAGUGCUGGUGCUCCCUGCACUGCUCUGGCCACAUCCCCUCCCUAUGUACAUAGGUUUUCUUCCCAUUCCAUCACCUGUGGGGACAGGGUCAUGUCUCGCUGGUUCCUGUAAAUAGCCAUGUGCUGGGGUGGGAGAUGUUUUCUCUGCCUAUCCUGCCUUGCUCUGGGGCUUCCAGGAAACCACUGGCCCUAGGCUGGAAGGGGUGGCUGCCUGCAUAUACCCUCCCCUGCCAGCCCUGGUGCUGGUUUCUGGGACCAGAUUCAUUUUCCUUCUAAUGAAAUCCCUUUUGAGAAGAAAAAACAAAACAGAAAACCACCAACCCUGCAUUGGACUGAGGCUGCAGUGUGGGGUGGCAUCGGCAUUGCUGGGUGGUCGGCCUGCAGCCUGCCUGGCUUUUGAGUGCUUUCUGGACAGUUUGCCAAUGUCAUUAAAACAAAAUGAAACAAAAAAACAUUCAGCAAUAAAUGUGGAAAGAGCUC